UCCGCGGCCCAUAUAAGUCCUGAAGCCUCGUAACCUACCAGGUUUCCUCUUCAACAGCUCUUUUAAAUCGUUUCUUCUGUCCUUCCUCGUCGAUUCCUUCAUUUCUCCCACAGCCAAGAGCUUUUCGGAUCUCCCUGAGAACAUUACAUUUUUGAAGGUCAUCUUUCAUACUAGUGAAAUAACGGACGCCUUGGCUGCUCGUUUCUGUCCUGCGUCUCCCUUCUCGUGCGGAAGUAUUUCGACUUUGCUUAAGCUCUAUCUUCUUCAGUUUUCUAGGAUACAACAACAUCCAGGGAAUGCAGAAAGAUGUGCUUGACAGUUGAGUACUCUUCUGCUGUAGCAAAUCGAGCUCUGGCGUCAUUUGCUCCUCCAUUCUUUAUCCUCGACGAUACUGGAAAAAAAUUGAUUGACGUCACCCUCCCUUUUGCUGCUCAGAUGCCCACUGCUGCUUAUAAUCUGAGACAAAAUUUCCUCCUGAAGUUUGAUGUCUGUGAAGAUGGUUGAGUCUAAUCUUUCCAAAAUUUCGUAUUAUCUCUCGUAGAUAUUGCAGAAGUUACUAUUUGUUUAGCUCUUUUGUCAAGUUAGAAUGGACCUCAAAGGUAGCGUUUUGAUGCAACGGUAUGAAUUGGGCCGCUUGCUGGGCCAGGGAACGUUUGCGAAGGUAUAUCAUGCAAGGAACCUUAAGACGGGGACUAGUGUCGCCAUCAAGAUUGUCGACAAGGACAAGGUCCUAAAAGUGGGUCUCAUUGAUCAAAUCAAGCGGGAAAUCUCUGUCAUGAGGCUUGUCAGACACCCAAAUGUGGUCGAGCUCUAUGAGGUUAUGGCCACAAAGACCAAAAUAUACUUUGUGAUGGAGUAUGUGAAGGGAGGCGAGCUCUUCAACAAAGUUGCAAAAGGGAAGCUAAAAGAAGAAGUAGCUAGAAAGUACUUCCAGCAGCUGAUUAGUGCUGUCGACUACUGUCACAGUCGGGGAGUCUGUCACCGAGACUUGAAGCCUGAGAAUUUGUUACUUGAUGAAAAUGGUAAUUUGAAGGUGUCUGAUUUUGGUCUGAGUGCUUUGGCAGAAUCAAAACAACAGGAUGGGCUUCUCCACACCACUUGUGGCACCCCAGCAUAUGUGGCACCGGAGGUGAUCAACAGGAAGGGAUAUGAUGGGUCCAAAGCCGAUAUCUGGUCCUGUGGGGUGAUAUUGUUCGUACUGUUGGCGGGUUAUCUCCCAUUUCACGACUCGAAUCUGAUGGAGAUGUAUAGGAAGAUUGGAAGAGCAGAUUUUAAGUUCCCGAACUGGUUUGCUCCUGAAGUGCGGAGGCUGAUCACGAAGAUCUUGGACCCGAACCCAAGUACCAGAAUCUCAAUUGCGAAGAUAAUGGAGAAUUCUUGGUUCCGGAAGGGGCUGGAUUCAAAUCUUUGCACCAAAACAGAGAGAGAAGAACUUCCUCCUCUAGACGUCGAAUCUGUUUUCAGCAGCACCAAUGACGCUGAAAUCGAGCAAAAGCAAGAGCUCCCGUCAAAGCUUAUCAACUUGAAUGCAUUCGAUAUCAUAUCCUAUUCUGCAGGCUUCGACCUAUCGGGCCUGUUCGAAACAAACAAGAAGGACCAGAAGAAGGAAGUCAGAUUCAUGUCCAACAAACCAGCAAACACCAUCAUCUCGAAGCUUGAGAGCCUCGCAAAAUCUCUGAGGCUGAAGGUGAAGAAGAAGGAAGCUGGGAUGAUGAAGCUCGAGGGACUGAAGGCUGGGAGGAAGGGUGUCUUGGGGAUCGAGGCAGAGAUCUUUGAGAUCAGCCCAAGCUUGCACCUAGUAGAGAUGAAGAAAGCGAGCGGGGACACACUGGAGUACCAGAAGGUGUUGAAGGAGGACAUAAGGCCUGCUCUUAAGGACAUUGUUUGGACAUGGCAAGGCGAGCAGCAGCUGUGGGAUGAAGCAGUUCCAGGUCCUAAUCUGCCGCUUUUGCCCGAUUCCUCACCCCAAGAUCCACAGUAAAAGUAUCGUGUUUGUGUUUGAUGUUAGUAUGAACGUAUGGCUUGUUAAUUGUUACAGUAGGAUAUGCCUAAGUAUGACUGGUGACCGUUUUUAACCAGAUGAAGAUAUAAAGACUUCCUUGGAUGUGUCUUGUAUUUGCUCUUGCCUAUAUUGUUUUGAAUAGAGAAUUUUCGUAAGCA